GGGGGCGCCGCGGCCGAGGCCGGCCGCCCGCCGGGCAGCGGUCGCGUGGCACCCGCACCGGGACGUGCUGGCGACGCUCUCGGAGGGGGGCGCGGUGGCCGUGCACGCCAUGGGCGGGGCGCUGGCGGAGGCGUGCACGACGUACCUGCACGCCGGCGGCGGCUCCCUGGGCGAGCCCCUGUGCCUGGACUGGCAGCCGAACGACCUGAGAGGGGCCCUGGCCCUCGGCCUCUCGUGCGGCGUGACCGUGUGGCGCUGCUCCCCGAGGGGCUGGGCGCGCGAGUGGUGCCUGCCCGGCGCGGCGUUCGCCUGCCCGGCGCUGGCGUGGUCCCCCAGCGGCAGGUGCCUCGCCGCGGCUGGCGACCGCGGCGUGGUGCGCGUGUGGCCGCACGACGGCCCGGGCGGCUCCAGGC